GUCUUUCCUACACUCACAUCCCUUCUUCAACAUUUUACAAAUAUGGAAUACCAACUCAAAAAGCAGCCUAAAGGGGUCUCACCCGACAAACAAAGCAAUUUCAAAGAGAGAAGCAAAACCAAUAAUUGCAAAAGCAAGUUUGUUGGGGUCAGACAAAGGCCUUCCGGGAAAUGGGUAGCAGAGAUCAAAGACACUAAACACAAGAUUAGAAUGUGGCUUGGAACCUUCGAUACAGGAGAGGAGGCUGCUCGAGCUUACGAUGAAGCUGCUUGCUUGCUUCGUGGUUCCAACACUCGAACUAACUUCACCACUCACUUCCUUACAAACUCUCAUAUCUCAAUGAAAAUUAGAAAUCUCCUCAAUCAAAAAAAGAGUUUGAAACAAAACUGCCCUGCAAAUACCACCUCAAAAACCACCAUCAAAGCAAGCACUAUGGUUAGUAUCAAUAGCAGCAGCGAAAAUUUUCUAUUCAAUAGUAGUAGUGAUAGUUUUCAAUCUGGUAAUAGCAAUCUCGAUUCACUAUGCAAUGGUGUGAAGCAAGAAAAUUACCAGAUGUUUGAUGAUGUAUACAGACCAGGCAUGAGCGGCUGCGCUGGGGGACUUGAGCUGGCAGUUUCAACUCAAUUCUAUUAUUCUUCAUGGCCAUUCCCAACUGGCUUUGAUCAGCUUCCAUUGAUGCAAGAAGGGAUGGAGUUGCCAAAAAAUGUUGGUCUGUUGCCUGAUGCAGUUCAUGAGUUGGAACUAGCUGAAUUUGAAAGAAUGAAGGUAGAAAGGCAGGUAUCAGCAUCACUUUAUGCGAUGACUGGAGUAAAUGAGUACUUGAUGAAUGCUAAUUAUGAUCCCAGUGAAAUUCCGUGGGAUCUUCCCACUCUGAGCCACCUCUUCUAUCCUAGUUGAUCCUCUCUUUCUCUCUCUCUCUCUCUCUCUCUCUGAUAUUUGAUGCAGGGUGGUAGAGAACGGUAGACUGCUAUUUUCGACGAAUUAAUGAACGCUUUUAAUGAAGCUAUAAGGAAACUGAUAAGAAUUCUUAUAAGAAUACUUUGUUUCAUGCUUGUGAAAUUAACUUUAUGGUUUGAAUCACUAAA